AAUCCCCCCACCCAAACACAUCCCCCGGAUCGAAGAACCAAACCCCCUUCCUUCGUUCCCCAUUUCCUCCUCCGCAUCGGCAGCAGCAAACCAAACCCAAUCGAGCCUCACUCGCUCGACACCUCACCCCCUCCCGAAACCCUAGCGCGGCGAACGAGCGAAUGGAGCCCAAAUCCACCACCCCUCCGCCGCCGGCCCCCGUGCUGGGCGCGCCCGUGGGGUACCCUCCGGCCGCCGUCUACCCGCCCUCCGCCGCCGCUGCCGGCUACCCGCACGCGCCGGCGCUCUACGCCCCCCCGCCUCCUCCUCCCCCCGCCGCCGCGUCGCAGCAGGCCGCCGCGGCGCAGCAGCAGCAGCUCCAGAUGUUCUGGGCGGAGCAGUACCGCGAGAUCGAGGCCACCACGGACUUCAAGAACCACAACCUGCCCCUCGCCCGCAUCAAGAAGAUCAUGAAGGCCGACGAGGACGUGCGCAUGAUCGCCGCCGAGGCCCCCGUCGUCUUCGCCCGCGCAUGCGAGAUGUUCAUCCUCGAGCUCACCCACCGCGGCUGGGCGCACGCCGAGGAGAACAAGCGCCGCACGCUGCAGAAGUCCGACAUCGCCGCGGCAAUCGCCCGCACCGAGGUCUUCGACUUCCUUGUUGACAUCGUGCCGAGGGACGAGGCCAAGGACGCCGAGGCUGCUGCCGUUGCUGCCGGCAUGCCCCACCCUGCUGCCGGCAUGCCCACCGCCGACUCCAUGGCCUACUACUACGUCCCGCCGCAGUAACUGUACUAUGUUCUAUUAGCCAGUUUUAAUUAUGUUCAGAUCGUGCUGUUGUUUUAGUGCUCCUAUGUUUGUUUGUUCGCCGCAUAAUAACUACGUGAUGAUGUUGUGAUCAUUUGAGGGGCCUUCUCUCUCUGGUAUAAGCGAUUUCAUUCGAGGCAAGGUUGUUGUGAUUGAGGCAGGCUGUAUGAUGCUGAUGACGCGUUCACCUAACUUUAACAUGAUAUAAUUAUCUCUCACCGUCCUUGGUUAA